CUAUAGAAUCCAAUUCCCAUUACAUUGAGUUCAUUUCCUGGAAGGAGGAGCCAAUAAAGUGUCCCACAGCUGUACGAACUCCUGGAAAACCCUGUAUUUUAUAUAAAGAGAAGAUGUCCCAUGCAGUGAUCAAAUUCAAAAAGAUUCUGAUAAUCGGAUCCUUAGCAACGGUUGCAAUGUUCUUGCAUCACUAUCAUCAGAAGCGUUUUUCAUUCAGCCAUCUGCCUGGUCCUCUAUAAAUAUGUCCAUGUUUCUAGAAAUGUUUCUGUGGCUUACGAAGUUAUAUCAUCAUCAAAUUGAAUAUUCUAUUUCACAUAAUAUGUGAUGUUUAAUAUGUUACGCAUUAUCAGAAUUGGGUUUGUAUGGACUUAGAUAGGAACUACACUUGUGUAAAGCGUUACAGCUGAUUAUUUUACCAUUUGCUUCCAAUCGCGUGUCGUCACCUGCGAAUCGCAUGCUACCAUCAACAAAUGCCCUCCUGUAUAAUCGAGUGGCACGCACACUGUGGUACGUUGCAGUAACGGAAUGUAACGUUACUGCGAAAAUCAUGUCUUAAGUUUUUCCGUCCGUACGUCCGUGGUAACAAAAUUCGACGGACCAAAGGACUAUUCGGCUGAGUAAUACAUAAAAAGUAGCGAGAUCUAUUUUUAGACCGGCAUAACCGCGUAGGUUGUGAAGUCGCCAAGAAGAAUUCUCGUUUUUUACAUCACAACAACUUAUCAAAAAAUAAAAAAAAAAUACAUUUUAUAUUGCGUUACGUAACAAAACUUAAACUUCCCCUCUUCCACUAUUAGCGUUACAUAAUUGAUGGAUGACGCCUUAGGGAAACCCCUUCCGAGUUUCAAUGAUUGCUUGGACGAUCAAAUGCCGAGUUCAUUCAGUCCGCUAAGAACUGUUCGUUCCACCUCGGCUUAUGUCAGUCAAAACUGACUUACCGCGACGGUACUCGAUGUCCAGUUGUGACGUAUGUACGAUCAUCAUAUCAUAUUAGGUUUUACCUCUUCUUCUGUUACUGUGAUGUUUUGGAGUUGAAUUUUUUUCCGAAAAAAAAAUAUUCUCGAUUUGGAUUUUUAACAUUCUAUCUUUUAAUAACAUAAAUCAUUAAAAAUUUUAGCAACAUGUAACAUAAAAAUUAGGAUGUUUUACGUGUAGACAAGACAACAAGAUCCUAUAUGUUAUCUUAGCAUUGUAUCCAUAACCCUUUGAAAUGUUGAUGGUGCAUUUUGAAGUCCAAAAACCAUCCUUGUAAAUUCGUAUUUCCCUAAACUAACAGCAAAUGUCGUUUUCUCUAUAUCGUCCUCCUCUAACUGCACUUGAUGAAAUCUUGCUACUAUAUCUAAAGGCGAGAAGUACAAAGCCUUCCCUAAUAUAUCUAAAAUUUCAGUAAUAUCAGGAUUGGGGUAUUUGUCUGAAAUGGGUUUUUUCAGUUAGCGAUCUAUAAUCGAUGACCGAAUGAUAUUUCUUUAGACCUGUUGAUUCCUCUCUUUUGGUACAAUCCAUACGGGAGAAGUGUUGGGAGAUAUUGAUUCGCGAGUUAUAUUAUCUCGGAGCAUUUUCUUCGCUUGCUUUAGUGUAUCAGUACUUUAGUUUCAAACGCUUGAGAAUAUUUAUUGGAUUUAGUAUGGAUCGGGACGUUGUUGGCGGUCUUAAUUUUAUUUUUUAUUCUAUGUGUGUGUUCUCUAGCUCACAACCAAUUCACUUUCGGAUCGAUCGGUUCACUUCCAAACAUCGCGGUGGUUACGUUAAGACUAAUUUAUUAUACAUAUUUACAAUUCACUAACACCUUAAUCCUAUUCUAAUCCUAAGGCUGUCACCAAUAUAUACACAUUUUAGAUUCGUCUAGCGGAUUGCCUACUCAUAGGCGCAUUUUUUUAUUAGGACUUCUGAUUUAUUUCCCAAACUGCUUUAAAUACACGGUAGCAAUACGGCCUUCUUGGACCGUUCCUCCUGAAUAAUAAAAUUAAAUGCACGGUAAUAUAGCAAAUGUACCACUUGAUCUUUCUUCCUCAAUGAUUAAAUCUCCAUCAUUUUGCGUAUCUUACUUACUUACUUAUCCGGCGCUACAACCGCUUUGCGGUCCUGGCCUGCCUUAGGAGUGUCCGAAGCCGCUCACGGUCUCGCGCCUUCGUCUGCCGGUCCGUUAUUCCGGCCUUAAUGGCGGACGUCUCCACGCCAUCUUGCCACCUCAAUUUGGGCCUACCACGCCUCCUUGUCCUUGUGGGCGGCCUAAAAAGACUUUACGGGCUGGGUCGUCCGUUUCCAUGUGUACAACAUGGCCAGCCCACUGGAGCCGGCGAGCUUGAUACGCUGCACGACAGUUAAGUAGCCGUACAUCUCGUAUAGCUCGUCAUUAUAGCGGCUCCUCCAUUGUCCUUCCACACAUACGGGGCCAAGUAUCCUUCUGAGCACCUUCCUCUCGAACACGGCUAAGAGGGUUUUGUCAGAUUUGGACAGUGUCCAUGUCCCAGAUGUGUAUGUGAGUACCGGUACUAUAUAGGUACUAUAUAUGUCCAGCUUCGUGCGUUGCGACAGCUUCUUUGAUGUUAGUUGAUUUUUCAGGUUGUAAAAUGACCGGAUGGAAGCCAGCAUCCUUGCGCGCAACUCUGUUUCAUACUAUUGUCGUUGCUGACCUUUGAUCCAAGAUAAGUGAAUUCUGAGACGACUUCAAAAGUGCGCUCACUUAUCUGUACGUUACGCCUAUGUAGGUUUGAAUUAUUUAUUGUUAAAGCCGCUGAUGUUGCCACCAUCAGUUUGGUAUUAGCUUUAUUUAUCUGCAAUCCGAGGUUCUCUGCCACUUGCACGAUCGCUUGGUAAGCUUCUGCUACAUAGGAUUGCCACAGACCAAUGAUGUGUAUAUCGUAUGUGUAUAGCGUAUGUCAGGAUUUGGAUUGACUUAUAGAAGAUAGUCUCCCCCCUCGAGUCACGGAUAGCCCUCUCUAGCGCCAAGAUUAAUAGGAAGUAGAUAUGCCCGUCCCCCUGACGCAGACCUUUGUUGGUAGCAAAAGGCCCUGAGUGUUCUCCAUCCACCCUCCCCUGGAAAUUGACGUUGGUCAUAGUUAUUAUUACUAGCCUUAUCAGUUUGGGUGGGAUUCCAAAAGAGCUCAUGGCAUCGUACACAGCAAAUUUUCUCAUCCGGCUUCAGUAAAGUUUUGUACUGAAACGAUUCAGUAAUAGAACAUCUUACUGAUUUUCAGCAUUAAUGUCAUGUUGUUACAGAUUUUCAGUGAAAUAAUUUUCUGAAUGCAUUUCAAUUAUACGUAUUUUACUGAAAAUCAGUAAAACAAAUGACUGAAAUUGCAGCAAUUCAUUCUGUCAAAUCUACUUGUCAGCUAGAACAACAAAUAAAACAAUGCGGGCGAUGCCCACUUGCUCGUGACAUGCAAGGCUCGAUGAUUUGCUAGGCGCUUUCAGAUACCCUGGUGAAAUUUCAGGUGAGAUUUCGGCUUACAGGAUUAAUUUGAAACAUUUGGCAUCGGUAUUGGUGUGUAAAAUCUUAGCAAUACACCGUGCUUUUUGACAUUUCAUGGUGUCUUUAAUCGCUUUUGGAACCAUCAAAACUUGUUGCGGCAAAAUACAGUGAAAAAACUGUAUUAUACUAUAUAAAACAUGGAUGAACAUGAAUUGAGGCACUGGCCAUCUCUGCGCAUAAAUAGGAAACUAAAUUUGAAAGAAAUAUGUUGUGCUGUUUGUAAUAUGAGAAUGCCUUUACUGUAGGCCAGGUAUGUCAAAUUGGCGGUCCGCGUCUAUUCUGAAUGCGGCCCGCGAGAUUUUUUUGAGAAUUGCUAAAAGCAUUGCAAAGUAAAAAUCUGUUGUUACUAUUUGUCGAAGUGUAUUAAAUUUUCCACAGAAGAACAAUCCUUUUUUUGGUAUAUUUUUCUAAACUUACAUGAAUGUACCCAUAACAUCUCAUAAACUUAUUCUACACAAUCGCACAGAACAAUCGAGACCCUUAAGAAACAUGCAAUCGAAUGCAAACUCAGUGGUAUUAUGUUUCGAUUAAAUUCUGAAUUAAAUUCAAAACCAUUUCCGAUCAUAGCUAUUCCGACUCCGAAUCCGGCCAAAAUCAAACCAACAGUUCCGUUUGGUGCUGUACGAAGCCUAUAGAGCCGUUUAGAGUCAUUCGGAACCGUUAGAGUCAUCGGUUGUCGCACGGAGCGGCUAGUCUGCAUGUGAGAAAUGGAUCCGGUCGGUCCCAUCGAAUUUGACGAUCUCAAUGCCCUCGACUGCCGAGUAAAGGAUUCAUUUGGCUUCGAAUUUCUCCGAACGGAUCUGGCUCCGAUCAUAGAAUGUUACAUCUUUAAUGUUCGAUUGGAGCCACUUCUGUUUUUUUUUCAUAAUCAUACCACCAUAAAUGCUAAUCAAAAUGAUUGAAGCCAAGUUGGGGGGGCAGUCCCGUGGUACAGUCGUCAAUUCGAACGACUCAAUAACAUGCCAGUCACGGGUUCAAUCAUAAAAUGGACCGUCCCCCCGUAGCAAGAAUUAACUAUCCGGCUGCGUGGUAAUGAAUUGAGUCUCGAAAGCCUGUAUAGGCCAGCAUGUCCGCGUAGGACGUUACGCCAAAUAGAAAAAGCCAAAUUGGAACUAUUUGUAUCCCUUAUUCUGCAAGACGAAUUAAUGUAUUGCUUUCCAACCUCCCCAAAAAUCAAAACCAAAAUGAUAUGAUUACGCUGAAGCCUAAAGAAUUCAAAUUAAGGAUUAAAAUAAUAGAAAUACCGAAGCCUUGCAGUACAAAGCUUAUUAAUCGAUUAGCUCACACAGUCCAUACCUCAAUUCGCGAAUCAUCUCCCUUCAAGUGUCAAAAAAAGAUUUGCCGAUCUUUAUGGGAUCACACACCACGAAUCUUCGUCAGAUAAAAUUAUCGUUAUUUAAAAAAAAAAUCGUAAAAUACGGGUUCUUGUUAAAAGAAAUGAAUAUACCACCAGAUCACUUGGAACUUGGAAAUUAGCGAAAAAUAAUGCUUUAACACGUUUUAUAACAAUUUUUCUCUUGAUCUGUCAAAAAAUUGCAGGCAAAUAUUUUUGUUAUUGGAUAGCUGCUGCGAUGGAUAGCUCGGAUUGCUUAUAAAAAGAUGUGCAACAGGCAGCUAGAUUUCCCCUACCUCAGUGAAAAAGAAGGGUUGAGCGAUAUUUUCUAACAGAACUGCCGUGUGAGAACGCGACAUAUGGAAAAUUAUACUAUUUUAAUAAUAAGGAUAAAAGAAAUUGCGUGUGACUUUAAAAGUAUAUUAAACAUUUUUUUCAAAUAAAAAAGAGCACAAUGAAAAAUAGUAUCGCAAACUUUUAAAUAAGAAACAAUUCCAGAUUUGAAGCGAGGAGUACAAAAAAUCAAUUUGUUUAACAAUAAUGAUUUUAAACAGUAUUUUUUAUAAAUAUUGAGGUAUAUUUUUUAUUCUCAACUUUGCGGCCCGCGAAAUACUGAAAAUCUGUACCCAAUGGGACAAAAAUAUAAAGCUUGGAGCAAAAUAAUCGUUUUUCUCACUCAAUCCUCUAUACAUGCUUGCUUGCACUCAUCUGCUCUGCUUGCGAGCGCUCGAGUAUAUUCUCUCAGAAUUGUGUAUUCGCAGUUCAACCCGUGCAGUGAGAAUGUAUGUGUUAAUGUGCAGCGAAAUUUGUCUCUGUAUCUCACCUUCCCACCCCCUCAUACACUCUCCGCGCACUCUUAAAAUGUUGGCGCGCACGCUACAUACAACACAAUACAAAAUGUCGUUUUGAUCGCGCGCAAUGGUCAAAGUCGCGAUGGUCCAAUCUGAACGCCGACACUCCAAAUCACAGAUUGUGUGGAGUAAAAGUUUUUCUGACCAAACCGACAAUACACGCGACGACACACAUUGUCACAUCGACACGCCGUCGAUGGAAGUGAGCUUUAAAAAUGAAGUUCUGUGUGGGAAAAUGUGGCAGGGGGAAGGAAGAGAGGAGGGAGUAUAGAGAAUUCGGAGGGGGGUGUGGCGUAGAACAGAAGAACGUAAGCGAGAGUCAUCGCGUGUGUGUUUUUGUAGUUCACUGGAGAACUAAUUUUUUGCACUUUCCUGGAACCCACAUGUUCUACAUUUUUCUGACUCUAAGCAACCAAAGUAGCACGAGAUGUAGAAACUACUUGAUGAGCUACUCUUUUUGCUACUUUUCAGGGUUUUGAAUCGCUUGGGUACUUGCGGCCCUCUGAUGAAAUGAGUUUGACACAACCGCUAUAAGCAAACCAGAUGAAGUUGAUGGAUAAAUGGGACAGUUUUAAAAAAUAUGGGACAUCGAUUAUUUUUAAGAAUUCAUAAAACAUUUCCUUUAUUUUUCCAAAUAUUACAAAUAAUUCACAUAAAUUUCACAUUCAACACAAGGUCCAUAAAUUACUACAAUUUGGUCCCUCCAUCAUACUUUGUCAAAUCUUCAUUUGAUGCAGCUAGAGAGUCCAAAGUUUGAAUAGCAAAGCUCAUACAAAGGCCAUAACUCUCCAUCUUUCAAUCUCUAAAGAAAUCUCCUUUCAUCAUAGCUACCAAACCUAGAACUAAGAACCCACAACAUAACGUAUUCUAGACUAUUUUCGAAAAAACACGUUUCUUAAAAAACAUAUUACAGGGUUUUCCAAUUGAGUAUAGACUAGCAGCAUACUUUUUUUGAAUAGUCGCAAUAGAUUCUUGACUAGCAUCCUCUAUUUUUGAUUACAAGCAAUGGAUUAUUGACAAGGAGCAAUUGAUUUCAGCAGACCGGUUGCUGGCGCGGAGUGACCAGAUUGUUUUUGAGGUUAUCGAUAGGAAAUCUAAAGCAAAUUCGGUAAUUUUCAGUAAAAACAACUUUUUAUUCACUCAUAAAUUUUAUUAAAUUCCAAUUUUAUGGUUGAACGGUCAAUUCUAAGAAAAAUAUUUGAUUUUUGGUUAGAAAAACUGAGUUUUAGUGUGCUCAAUUGUAAACCGAUAUUCGAUCGAAAAUCGAUAGAACUACAUAUGGUCACACUGAAAAACUUGCUUAAUCUAGCUUUUGGUUAGGUUAUGCCUGUGGGUUCACUACUGCAUAUUUCAAUUCAGCCGUUAAGUUGUAUUGUGCAUUCAUAAAAUCAAAACAAUAGCACCAAAAACCUAUCAGAUAAAAUAUAUCUUAUUUUGUGGAUGAUAUAUAGCAGUAAAACAGACGCUUGAAACUAAUGAGCGGAUGAAAUUAAAUAUCAUCCACAGGUUAUUAUUCAAGUCGAUCUGUCACACCGGGUGUUAUAAACGCGACGCUUUUAGGCUGUCAUGCAGGGACCUGCUGAAAUCAAUUGCUCCUAGUCAAUAAUCCAUUGCUCGUAAUCAAAAAUAGAGGAUGCUUGUCAAGAAUCUAUUGCGACUAUUCAAAAAAAGUAUGCGGCUAGUCUAAACUCAAUUGGAAAACCCUGUAAUGACCGCUCUUUUAAUCUGACUCCUUUUCGACGGAAACGCCUCGCAAUUUAACAGAAACAAACAGAAAAAAAUAGUUUCGAUGCAUUGAAUAUUUCCAUAAAUUUAUUGGCAUUAAUCUACAACACUUGUUUUCUACAUCUAUAGUCAAAAGAAACACCCUUAAGUGGGAGAAAUUGGCAGGAGAAACUCCCGCCUUCGUGAAUAAGUAUAUCCAGAAAAAAAGUGCUACAAACUCGUCAAUAAUUCAAAUACUUUAACACGUUUCUUUCUGGCAAUAGUUUUAUAUUAAUGAUGCUUAGUAUUGGAUCUCUGUUUUUCCUAAGCGAAAAUCAAAUUUAAAGAAAUGCUCAAUGCUUAUUUUAAAUUGUGCACCGAUUGUGAUCUUAAUUUCACAUAGGCACCUAAAAACGUACCAAGAACACACUUUUUCUUGUAAUUUUUGAAAUUUCUUGUGUUUCUUGGAUUUUUUUUGUAAAGCAAUAGGGCCUUAAGACAGGUAUUUGUUGAGCUUUUAGAUUUGCACGAAGGGCACCACUGUGUAUGAAAUCACGACAUUGAAGUGAAUGGAAAUUAAUUUCCUUAAACAAGUGCAACCGACGCUAUACAAUUGAACCCAAUCUAAAUCAUUGAUCAAACAACUGAUUUUACACAUGCUUAAUACAAUGCCCGAUUAGUAAAACACACGUUUUUGACUCGAUUCGUUUGACAUUUGGUUCAAUCGAAGCCGACCAUUUUUAAAUCAUGUGAACAGUGUACAAAAAACGGGUUAUUGUAUUAACAAAUGGUAGACAAUUGUGUUCUCUAAAUUGGACAUUGUUUAAAGCAUGUUGUAGGACAGUUGUAGGAUUUUUGUAGGAAUAGUAAUUUUUAUUCUUAUUUUUUAUUUUUAAAUAAGAAUUAAAAAAUUAUUUUAUUUUAUUUUAUUUUUAUUUUCAACCGGUCUCGUAGUACAGUCGUCAACUCGUGCGACUUAACAACAUGCCCGUCAUGGGUUCAAUCCCCAAAUGGACCGUGUCGCCAUAAGUAGGACUGACUAUCCUGCUAUGGGGGGAAAUCAAUUAGCCACUGAAAGCCAAGCCCGCAAGUGGUACAGGCCGACAACGGUUGUUGAGCCAAAGAAGAAGAAGUAAUUUUUAUUCUAACUAUUCCAGAACAUAAAGAAUGGGACAAAUCGUGAUUUUUUUUACGAAUACGAUAGAACAUAAAAUUUCUGAUAAAAAACGGGACUGUCCCGUUAAAUACGGUACGUAUGGUCAGCCUACUUUACUGUACGAGCUGUCAGAUUUGUGAAUACUCUACAUUACUGAAUGAUUCAGUAAACAUUAUUUUUACUGAAAGGAUUAUUGAAUCUUCUGAUCAAAAAAACUUGGUAAAAUUUAACUGAAGUUCAGUAAAAAAGUUAUCUGUGCAUAGUUUUCUUCUGAUAUCAUAUUCAAUUUUGAAGUCAAUGAAGAGAUGUGUAUGUGUCGUUUCUGUAUUCAACCAUCUUCUCUAAGAUCGGCCGCAUGGUGAAGAUCUGAUCAGUGGUUGAUUUUCCGUUUCGGAAUCCUCUUUGAUAGUUUCCGACUAUCUCUUCGACUUGCGGGACAAGGCGAUCCUGAAGGACCAGAGAGAAUACUUUAUAGACGGUAUUCAACACCGUAAUAAUACCCCUGUAGUUGUUGCAGUCCAAUCUAUCUCCCUUCUUGUAUAUGGAGUAGAUGAUGCUGAGAUUCCAAUCACAAGGCAUCGAUUCGCUAUCCCACACCUCAGUAACAAUUUGAUGAAUCUCGUUUUCUAGUCGUGUACCUCCUUUCUUGACCAUAUCAGCUGCGAUUCCGUCGGUUCCGGGUGCCUUGAUAUUUUUCAGCCGACGGAUAGCUUUUUGUGUUUCUUGCAUACUCGGUGGCAAUAGCAUGGCACUAUCUGCUAGUGGCGCCUCUAGCUGUUCGUUAAACUGCUCGUUGAGUAAUUCAUUAAAGUAUUGAGCCCAGCGCGAGAGGACCUCUGGCUGGUUAAUAAUCAGACCUCUAUCCUUGCUGCGACAGCAGGUUACCUUAGGUACAACGUUGUUUCGGUGACCUGCUAUCGCUUGGUAAAACUUUCGUGUCGGUCCGUACGCCUCUCUGGUUUUUAUUUUAUUUUAUUUUAUUUUGAUUUUAUUAUUUGCUCGGCCACGUUGGGUUACAGCAAUAGUGCUUACUGACUAUAGUAUAACAAUUAUUCACGAAGGAGUUGGAAGGAGUUUAUGGUACGGAAAAGGAGCGAAGACGGGAUCGGUAGACAGGAUAGGAUAUGUUGAAAUCGAACAGAUCAUAAGUACUAUUAAAAGACGACAUAGCUCUUACAAAAGGCUCAUUGCGAGCAAAACGUGUACGACAUAUAGGUAACUGGAGACGAAAACGAUAACGUAAGGUGCGACAAGGUGCAUACAAAUGUAAGCGCGACAGAAGUGAAGGGGUAUCAAUCGUAUUGAGCAAUAUGCCAGCGACGAAAGAAGCCUGAGCGACCGAGAAGCGGUGCUCCAACUUGGCAAGGCCUAAUAAAGUGCAUCUAUCCUCAUACGAAGGAAGAGGAAUAGAGUGAUGACCCAGCGACCUACGAAAUACGAUCCUUGUAAAACGUCUCUGGAUCCUCUCAAUCCUUUGGAGCAGAGAUAGUUGGACAGGAGACCAGAUGACACAGGCAUAUUCCAGUACGGAACGGACCCAACAACAAUAAAGGGACUUAAGACAAAAGGGAUCACGAAUUUCCGUGAUUCCGUGGUUCGUUCGAGUUUCUGCAUGUUUUGCUCUUCUCCUGUGUGUUUGUUGGAGCGGAGAACUCGUUUCUCUUCGCGUCUGAGCCGAGCAUAUUCCUCUGCUUAUGCCCGCGUUCUAUGCGGUUCCUGCAUUGUAGCGUUGUGCCAAAUGAACCAGAACCGUACGGUUCAUUCAGUUGACGAGAAAAAAUGAAUGAUCCGGUUCCCAAAUGUAGAAUGCUAUGGCUUUUUUAAUACAUUGAAAUAAAAAAAAAUGCGUGCAUGUAAUCAUGAUCGUUUUGUAAAAAAAUUCAAUAUCAAAAAGCAACAUCUGCAUUUUUUUCAGGUUUGCUGUUCAGGUGACGAGACUUACCGAUUAAUCUGUAGUACUAUCGAUUUUCGAAUAGUGCACCAAUUUACAUGUCUUCUUCUUUUUCUUAUUUGGCAAAACAACCGUUGUAGAUCUAAAGCAGCCUGUAUCACGAAUGGGCUUGGCUUUCAGUGACUUAUUGACUACCACAGCAAGAUAGUCAAGUCUUACGUAUGGGGGCACGGUUCAUUCCGGGCUUGGACCCGCAACAGGCAUGUUGUUAAGUCGUACGAGUUGACUACUAUACCACGAGAUUAACAGGUAUUGUUAGUCGUAGUCGAGUGCCCCCACUUGCCCCGUAGUACUGACAACAUCUUCAGCUUUCUGUUUAUUUGUUCUUCUGCCUUCCGAUUGUGUGUCUUUGACAUACAGGGUUUUUCUUUCGAUAGAUCAAAAUUAUCAACUAUUAUGACAAGCGUUGCAGAUGAUAGCACAACCUCUGCAUAUGAAAAGACAAAAUGUUAAUGGAUAUGACAACCGUCGCAGAUGAUAGCACAAUUGUAUCACUUGAUAUUAGAGAUCUGGUACGAGAUAUUAGAGAGCUGGUAGCUACCAGCAAAAAACAUGCAUGCAUGCAGCAUAAUACAUACAGCUACCAUGACAAAAAUCAUUAAACCGUGGGAAAAAUGAAGUAUGUUAGGCUCCUAUUGGACAUGAGUAAGGACAAUGGAGAAGCCAAUACAGCAACGAGCUAUACGAGAUGCACAGCGAUUUCAUUGUCGUGCAACGUUAUGUAUCAAGCUAGCUAGGCUCUGGUGGGCUGUUCAUCUUACAUGCAUGAAACUGGACGACCCAACCCGUUAAGUCAUUUUUGAUUGUCCACAAGGAUAGAGAGGGCGCGGUAGACCCAAAUGAGGUGAAGUUGUUCGCUAUUAAAGCUGGGAUAACGGAUUGAUAGACAGGGGCGCGAGACCGUAAGAGAUUUCGCAUACUCUUGCAGUAAUCGAAAGCGGUUUUAGCUCCGGGUAAGUAAGUAAGUAACUAAAUAAAGACGAAAAGAGUAACAACCCGGUAUCAAAAUCAGCAAUAAUACCGAGUAAGAAGGUAUGUACCACACGUUGCAUCACUACACGGUGGCCACUCAACCGGGAAAACCGGGAAAACCGCGAAUUAGCCGGAAAUUUUAUGUUUCCGUGAAGAACUGGGAAAUUCUCAAAAAAAAAAAAAAAAAAUCCGGGAAAUUAUCACAAACUUAAGCUAUCACUGUUAACCAUCGUACUAAGUGCAUUUUCAAUUAAUGGGAAGUUUUGUAUAUUUUUUUCCCAACUUACCACAAGCCAGCAACAUCACACCAAUAUGUAAGGACAACAUUUUCCGUUUCUCACAUAUGGUACGCAAUAUAUGUACUAUACUUCUCAUUCGCACUGGUGCAAUACUUACAUUCCCCGAUAUCGGUUCUUGCACAUUUCGGGUAUGGUGUGCCUAUUCGUUCUACCUUGUACUCGUCUUUUGUUAUUCAUCUCUCGUGAAGUUGCGGUCGUGUCUAAUUUAACGGUGGAUUUAGUGGGCGAUCCCAAUUUUUGAACAUAACUGAUAAUUUUUGUCUCUUUUAGCAAUUUUAAGUUUACCCAAUCACACAUCGCCUGUACAUUCGCAUUUUGCACUUUGGUUUCCGGCCUCUACCUUCAUUCCGCCCGGGUGACUGGGUUCCCACACUGGCACUGAUGGUUGAGGUGACGUCACUUAUACAGUCCGAUCGUUGCUCCUUUGUUUUAUUAUCACAUAAAGUACACUUCCCGUAAAACAUAUUCAAGAAAGUGUCCCAAAAUUAAGAAACCCACUGAAAUCUCCUGUAUCUUUUCGUGAGGUGCAUCAUCAGCGUCGUGCGAGUAACAGCAUAAUGCAUGGCUGCUGUUUGACAGUAAAUCCGUUCUUCGCAGAUUUGUAUGCUUUCUCCAGUGGCUGGUUGGUCCAUGACUUCCAGUCACCCUUUUUUAAGGUUGUGUGAUGACAUCUGUAAAUCACCAACUGAUAGCAGAUGAAAAAUAUCUUUGCCACGAGGUAAAGUCUUUACACGUUAGCGUCAUGAAGCUAAACCACCAAAAAGCAAUAUUUUUAAAGCUUUUUUUUGUCAUUUUUUCAACAGUUUUUUGCUCAUAUAAAACAUUCGAAAAUAUAAAGAAUGCAUAUUUAAAUAGCUUAAGAUCCAUAGUAGCCAAAUUAGAUCCACACACGAGCGCACGAUUGAAAAUUUGUUUGUACAAAUUUGAUAGAAAUCAUGCCAAAAAUGGUUCUCAAAUGUGUUGUCACACCUCCAGAUAUAGUAUCCAAUCCAAUCCAAUUGUUGAAUAAUUCAGUAAUAAAUUUUAUCCAGUUUUUAUGACAAGUGCCCAUCUUUCCCGUAAUGCCCGUGUUUACUUAUGUACCAUCCUCUAGAUCUUAUUCUUCUUCUUCUUCUUUUGGCUCAACAACCGUUGUCGGUCAAGGCCUGCCUCUGUACCACUUACUUGUGGAGUUGGCUUACAGUGACUAAUUAAUCCCCCCAUAGUAGGAUAGUCAGUCCUACACGUAUGGCGGCACGGUCCAUUUGGGGCUUGAACCCAUGACGGGCAUGUUAUUAAGUCGUACGAGUUGACGGCUGUACUACGAGACCGGCCUAAUCUCUAGAUCAGGAGUCUCCAAACUACGGCCCGCGGGCCGCAUGCGGCCCUCGAGAGCCUAUUAUGCGGCCCGAGGCAACUUUGUGAAGGUUGAAAUAAAUAGAAAAUUUUUGUGACUAUUUCUAAAGAAAAUGUAAUUGUUGCUUUUUAGCGACGUAGACUAAUCUUAAAUAAUAGAAAGCAAUAGGAGUUAUGUAUAUUAUGGUAGUAUUUUCUUAUAAAGAUAAAAUUUGAACGUUCGUAUUACGUACAGGCAACGAAAAAAUGGCCCUCAACACCAUUAUAUGUGUAGCAAUGCGGCCCGCGAACUGUAAAGUUUGGAGACCCCUGCUCUAGAUAACAGUUUUUGAAAACGUAUUAUAUAAUAAUUUGAAAUUGAAGUAUCUAUAAAACCGGCACACGAAGCAAAGUAAACCGGGAAAACUCCAUAAAAAAAUCCGGGAAAACCGGGAAAAAACCGGGAAAACCGGGAAAAAACCGGGAAAUUAAAAUCCCGAUUCGAGUGGCCACUCUGAUCACUGGACCCAAUGAAACUAACCUCUAUUAAGAUAAAUGAUGCAUCAUGCGAAAGCCAAAACUCGUAACUCGGUUAAAUGUUGUAAGUUUUGAAGGGAGAUAUACGUGUCGUAUUUAUUUAACGCUCUUUUAUUACUAAGUAUGUUCUUAUUUCAUUUUGUGUUUAAUUCAGUUUGAAAGUCUCGAGUGCAUUUUAUGUGAUACAACAUAUCCUUUAACCAGUAAUUAUUAACUAAUUUAAUGAAAAAUGGCCGGUCUCGUGGAACAGUCGUCAACUCGUACGACUUAACAACACGUGUGUCAUGCCCAACAUCCUUAGGACUGACUAUCCUGUUAUGUGUAAUCAAUACAGGGUUUUUCUAGUCACUUUUGAAUGUGCAUAUAAAUAUUCACCGCCUCCAAGAUGUUUUUCAACAGCUGUAAAAUAAUGUAAUUGCUUCAUAACAAAAUUUCAGUUUUACACAUGAUUUUCAACACAUCACAAGUACUGUCUUACUCAAUUCAGCUUUGGGUGUGUUGAAAAUCAUGCUGAAGAAAUUUAAAAUUAUGAUGAUCGAAAUGAAAUAUCAGAUUGAUGUGGAUUGACAUCUUGUACGCGGCUAAUAACAACAUUUACAUUCUUCGUUCCACUGACUUGGAAAACCCUGGACGCCAAAGGAGAAAGUAUGCGAUGAUACGGCGAUCGAAUUAGAGAUAGAAGCUAAAGCACAAUGGUGUCUACAGCGCCAAGAAAAUGCAUCUGUUGCAGAAAUUCAACCACCGCUUGCUCUGGACAACUGGCUCAUAAAAGACCAAAUUAUAGAAGAAGAUAAUUCUGGCAAAAGACAAAAUACUGGAUCGAUGCAAGAGUAUGAUCGCUCACAACAUUCACAUCAACGUGAAAGUACUCCUGUAGAUCACGAUGAUCGGUGGUUGUCGCAUGUUGAGAUAAUAACUCAUGCUGGUCCGCAUCGUCGUUUAUGGAUGGGUCCGCAAUUCAUGUUUAAAACAUAUAGUACACCGAGUGGUUCCCCGUUGACCUCUAUUGACGCAGAAGCAGUAGAAAUAGGUACCAAUACCAGCGGUGGUAGCGGUGCCAUGUUGAACCGGAUACUGCAACGAUCCCAUCCAAUGAAUAUGCAUUCAGUUGGAGGUAUGAGGCCUUUGGUUCCUGUACUAAUUGAAUCUGGAUCAUGUUUAGAUGGUUUUGAGCAAAGUCCACGAAUAAUGAAUAUGAACGAAUUUCGACAUCACGAAAACCUGGGCACCGAGUUGUUAUCAUCGUUAGGUCCAGUAGAAUCACAAUUACGCGAAGAUCUUGCAGAUGCUAUGCGUGAAUCACCUCUUAACUCUACUAGGAAAGAUACAACAGGCAACCUUUCGGAAACUGGUUUGACGUUUGACUGUAACCUCAAAGGGCAAGGAUGUACUAAAUGGCAAGAACAACAUCACCAGUCAACAGCUCUGGAAAAUCAACACACAUCGUUUAAUGCUACUGGUCUUUCGUCCAUGUCAUCAUGUUCAUCUACAUCCAUAUAUUCAUCCACACACUCGCUGACUUCUAUCUGUGAUCAUCAAAAUCAACAAGGACUUCAACAGCAAUAUCAACAACAGCACCAUCAAUACCAGUGUAGUGGGAGUUGUAGAUGUAAGGCAUUUGGGAAUGAACAAUGCAUUGAAAGUUUUUAUGAGUGUAUGCUUCAUCCAGUUUCUCCUAAUAAGAAAGAAAAUAUCCACAAAACUCAUGGACAAACAAUGCAAAAUAUUAUAAAAUCUUGUCCAAAUGUGAUUUAUUGUCAGCAGCAACAACAAUACGAAAAUAUUAACUCUUUUGGAUCCGAUGCGGUUUGUGUAGAGAGAAAUACAAACCAAGGUGCAAGCAUUACAAUUGCUAAAGUAGUCAAUCCUCUCGGAACAGUUACAACAAUCAGCACCGUUGGGACUAGAUCAAUUACCCCAAACAGCAUCAAACCAGACGAUUUUAUGCAAGAAUGCAUCGAAUCAUAUCUUCAUGAAAAUUGUGAUGAAGCACUCUUUCGCCCUGUAGUAACAGUACAUUAUGAUAACGUGCAAUCUAGAAAAAUACCGACACAGGAGAUAGACAUGAUGGAAAACCGGUCUAACAUAUACCAUGAUACGUCAAUAAAUAGCAUUGAAUGCAGUAGUGUUGAUAGUUGUGAUAAAGGAAAAUUCAUGUUCAGGGGCAAUGAAGAACAAUCUAAACAGUCAGCAUUUUUGGUUGAACCGGAUUUGAUUGUACCGGUUAUUGAAGAGAAGAACUUAUCAUCCUUAAGUUCUGUUACUGCAAUUAGACAACAGGAUUCAAAACAUGAACAACUAAGAGAUUCAAAUAUCGAAAUAUUUAAAAAAAACAUGCAUGAAAAAUUCAAUACAAGAAAAAAAUCCUUGACUAAAAUUGAUGAUACCAAGGAUUUAAAAUUUGAAUCUGAACGGUCGGACUCAGGGAAAGCAUGUGACGAAUUUGAGAAUAUUGAAUUGCCCAAGUUAUGUAAUAAUCCUUUGCGAAUUAAUGAGAGUAUAUUAAAGAAAGAGAGAAGGGAUUCCUUGAAAGAAGAAAAGGACAUUUAUGAUGAUAGCCAAAUCGAAUCAUUAACAAAAAAACUUCUCAUUUCUACGAACAUAGGAUCAACAAAAACACGGAAAAAAAGUUUACCCGUGUUAGUAGAUUCACAUAAAUUAGUAAACGUUGAUCGAAAAGUUCGAAGAGAUUUAGAUAACUUCGGUAAUAGUGCAGUGCAUCAUAUUAAGAACAUCAUAAGCAGUAACAAAACAAGCGAUAAACAGGAAUACAAUCUUGUUUCACUUAAUCAAAAGGGCUUUACACAAGAUACUCAAAGUGUGAAAAAUGAAUUGAUCAAUCCGAUUUCAGAUGCUCCUCCGUCAGUUUUAAUGUACCAUGAAUGCUUACUUCCAUCGCUAGAAUCAUUGAAAAUUGACGAUAUAGAACUGUUCGGUGAAGACAGUGGGCAACAAACAACUGAACAAUCAACUGAUAAUAGUAAUGCUAGAGAUACUUCUGUAAUUGACAAAGAUGGUUCAAAAUCUGAAUACUCUGAGAGUUCAAAUAUUAUUGCCAAAAAUCAGAAAAUGAAAGAAGAAAAAACAUCUAAUGAGGAAAAAGAAACAUCUGGGAUAGUUACUACAUCAGAUUUGGAUAACUAUUACGACCCGGUAAAUAACGAUCAAAGGUACAAAAUGUUGGGGUAUACAGAUUGUUCUCAAACAGUUGUGCAUUUGAACGAAAAUAUAGAUAAAUGUGCUAUGGAUGACAAAAAUGACGAAAAUUUUGAUGUGCAUCAACUAAAUCAGCUAAAGUUUGAUAUGCAGGAAGUUUUAUCGCGUGGAAAUAUAAUGUUGGCAAUGUGUUCUAGCUUGCGUGAAGUCUCAGAAUCUAUUGAUACCUAUCCGUCUAAUUCGAGUGAUUCUACUCGAAAAGAACAGUCAGAAAAUUUUAAUAAUCUAAAUGAAUGUGAUGCAAAUUAUUCUCUAUUUUCGGAAAAUGAGUUAGACUUAAAAAAACGAGCCACUUACGAAAAACAAGUCACGAGCCCAUUUCACCAUCCCUCUACGGAACAUGCAACACCUUUGGUAGGUUUGCUGUUUUCGGCAUCUGAGAAAAUAUCCGAUGAGGAUGUUACCGACAAUUUAAUAAAUAACGAUCAAGAUAAGGAAACUGGUCAUGAUGAUGUAGCUUUGACAAAAAAGAAAACUAAAACCAUGUAUACAUUCAUAGAGCCGGACGAUAAAGUACGACGUUGGCAUUACCCAAAUAACAGUCUAAGUAAUAAUAAAAGUACAUCUAUUAUUAUGACAACGAUGGGAGAUCCAGAAGUUGAUAGUGACGAUGAAGAUGAGAAGCGUGAUGAAGGAGAUGAUGGAUUAGAGCCAUUAAUAGCUUUUCAAAAAACUUCGUCAUAUUUACUUUCUGAUACUACAACUAUUGAAAACAAUAACUAUUCGACAUCCAGUGAAGGGUCGCUGUUGGGAAUACAAAAUGAAAUGUCCGUAUCAAUGGCAGCACUGCCUAUAGACAAUGUACGAUGCGUUCAGGGUAAAGAAUUUCAAGAACCUGUUCAUGUAUCAGAUUCAGCAGAAUCCGUUAAUUAUAACAGAAUAAGAACAGAUCCAACUGUCGCUCUCGAUGAUGAUUCCACCAUUGCUUCAUCACAGAGUUUAAUACCUAAUAGUAAUUCAAGCAGUAAUUUAGACACAAGCCUGAUAGCUUCUUCCAUCACAACCAAGACUACAAGUGAUGUACCAGCAGGGAGUGGUAAUGGAGGAAAUGGCAAGAAAAAAUCAAAAAAGAAGCGAAAAUAACUGCUGUUUGACCUAGUAAAGCUAUUGAUGUUUUCACUUCCAUCAUAAUGUGUUUUGUUAAAGCUAUGGUAAAUGUACGGUACCAUCUUAGAAAGUUUUAUUUAAUUUAUACUUAUUGUUUUAGUCACUCCUUUAAAAUCACAGUUUAAUCUAAUGAUAACACGUUAGCACUGCUAGUGAUUAAACCGAAUAAUGCGAUGCAAUUACAUUGAAAUCAAACGUAAAUUCUUGAAAAAAAAACUCUUAUGCUAAGAAGUUUGCGAAAUAAACUUUUUUUUUAAUACUGGAGUUUUUCUUACUCUAGUAUAUUUUUGUACAAGUGUUUUUUUGUAAAUUCAUCUAUUAAGUAUCUUUCAAAAUUUAAAAUUAUCUUGCUUCUUAUUAAAUUAGAUUUUUUCGUUUACACCUGGGUAUAUCUAAAUAGUUUUAACGAUAUCUGGCAUCACACGCUCACACGCACGUUUUAAUCUUAGUUAUGCAUCAUUGUAAAACACAUGUACAAUAAAAUAAUAAUUUUAUUCUUCUAGGCUUUAUUUUUAUUCUAUAUUCAGUUUUAAAAUGAACUAGCUUUGUUUAAAAAAAUGUUAGGUUGAGACAUACAGACAUGGCAUGUAAACCAUUAAGUUCAGCAAAUCGGAUAUACAUUUCAUUUAAAAUAGUCUAAACUAUUCUGAAACUCUGUUUGAUUGUUUUAUAAGAACAUCUCUUUUUACUGAUGAUUGAAAUAUUCUAGGGAUACAUAAGCUAGCAUAAAACUGUGCGCAUGAUUUCGGAUCCGUGAUUUCAAUAUUGUAAAAUAUGUGUUUGACGAGCCCAAAAUGAUUCUAUUACUAUAUUAUUAAUCUAUAAAAACGUAAGAAAAGGCAGUAAUCACUUCAAAGAAGCCAUUUUAGUUUUAUAGUUAAAUUUAUUAUACAUGACAUUUUUUUUCAUUCAGUUUCAGUUGAUCAACCGGAAAGUCACAAGUGACAAAAUACUAACAUUUCAAUAAAAACGUAAGCUUUUGUCAAUAUUUUGUAACAUAGAGCCGCUUAGAAAUAAAGUUGACAAAAAGUGAAAACAUUUAA